AUGUAUCCGCAAACCCAACUUACCCGGAACAAGAAACUAAAUGAUCGCUGGACAAGACUCUCCGCCAAAGUCACCAGAAUCAUCACUAAGAUCAUCAAUCAGAUAGAAAGGAAACUCAGACAACGUCUUCCCCAGAGGGAGCUGGAACAAAUUGUUCACCGAGCCCUAUCGGCUCGCUACCCAGACGCUUACUACAGACUUCGCAAUGACACUCAACCAGCCAAACUGGGCUCAUUGGGCUCAUCUUUGCUCUACAACUUAUCCGUCAUGGAUAUUGGUCCAGCCCGCAAUUCAUUGUGGAGAUGUACAUAUGACAUGUUCAUAGACAAGAUAGGUUCGUCUAGAACCGUUACCCUCGCUGUGGUCACUAAGCCCGGUCGAUCUUAUUGUGAUGAUCCGCGGGGUGAAUGGCGUGUUUCAGUUGAUGAGUCUGUGCUCAGAGUCAUGAACCCCGACUUGCCUUCCGGUACUGAUUCUAGUAGUGACAGUGACAGGGUUUUCGAGAGCUCGGGCUCUCAGUCUGCGUCUGUUCUUGGAUUGUCGAACCUUGAACUACUUACGAAUUCGAGCAGUGAAAGUGGAGGAUCCGAAUGGUCAACUAUCAAUUCUGAGACCAAUGAUGAGGUCUCUCGUGAGCAUCCCAUCAUUAGAAUCACGAGCCCGGUCUCUCUCACCCAAAAAUGGAGUGAUGAGGAUUUCGAAUACUCAGAAUCGAACUCUAGCUCGGACAUUGGGAAAGCUGGCGUUUCGGCGCUGUGUGUGAGUGCAGGCUCCCAAUCAAGCACUGAGUGUAAUGGAUCUGAAUAUUCAGACGAGAGCUCAACGACAAAAGUCAAUUGGGUGAGUUGCCCGUGCAGUGAUGAUGUUGUUCCUCAGGUCCCAGACCUGUAUUUCAUAGAUCGUCCUGAUCCACCACUGUGCUGCCUCAUCACGUCUGAUCUUCGGAAUUCUAAUUCGUCCAUUCUGAAAGACGAUGAUUUGUGCUCGUGUUCCAGCACUAUCCCCACUGAUCCAAUGGCAGAACUUGUUGUUUCACGUGAAACUAUCGCAAAGGACCAAGUCAUCACAGAGGAAACAAUCAUCGCAAAAGGCAAACAUCCACAAUCCGGCGACGGAAUCAUUGAGCUCACAUACGGAAAGCGUAAUGCCUUGUUGUAUCGCAUGGCAGCUGGAACUGAACACCUAGCACCCCUUCCACUCACCAUUCGCAAAAAGAACAAUGCCAUCCUUGGCACAAGGCAGGAUGCCCCGCUGCCCCUGACCGAAGCUUUCGGUGAGCCAGCAAAGCCAUACAAUCUCCGCAACAAGUUGCUUUAUGGUGAGCUACCACCAAUACCGCUAUCUUCCCUGCUAGGACUCUGGGAGAACCAAGUGACACACCAGCCCAUGACAGUGCACGUCUCAGCAUCAGUAUCAGCUCUUUCGCGAACCAAUGCACCACAAACGCAACAAAAGAUCCUCUGCUCUUCAUGCCGGGACAUUCGCGAGAGAAGAAAAGCACUCAAUAGCCACCCAACCCAAGAUCGCCAUCAACCUGGCGAACAAGGCCCAGUCCCCACAGAGCAAUCCUUCAACCCAAAUGACCUCCCAAGCCCUCUGAGGGCCGGGCCACGCUGCACACACUGUAGAAAUACAUGGGCGGGCAUGGUCUCUACGCCCGCAUUACUGAGCCUGCAAAUAUCAACGCGGGACGAAGGGGAAAGCUUGGAAUAUAUUCCUGGUGCUUCUAGGGCCAAUAGCUCGCUCGACGAUUUUAAACUCGCGGACAUCGCUUUCCACGACGGAGAAAACUCUUUUAGCAGGGUCUCGCCUGAAUUGAGAUUGUGUCUUUAUACAGGCAAGGUGGCACGGAAUUGCAGAAGAUAA